CAAUCGCCGCCGCCGCCUUCUCCCUCCCAGAUCCAAUCCAAGUCAGAGCCCGUCGGCCACCUCCAUCUCCAUUCCUACGCGCGUCGGCCACCUCCCUGCGGCGGAGCUCGACCCCAAAACGAAACGAAACCCACCGCCGCCGCCUUUGUCUCCCCAACCAACCACAACCCACCGGCGACCUCCUCCCACUCUCCCUCGCCUCCCCUCCCGUCCUCUUGUCUCCCUACUAGGCCCCAGAUCGACUCGGCCUUCUCCUUCUCAGGCCACGACCAGAUCCGCUCCGGCGUUCCCGCAUCGGCGCCAUCAUGGACCUCCUCAUCAAGCAUCCGCCCGUCCCAUCCUCCCUCCCUCGCGCAGCAGCCAAACCCUCCCUCCCUCCCCUUCGCCGCCGACGAUGGCCGCCGCGGCGAAGAAGACGGCCGAGGAGAUCCACCGCGAGCUCCAAGAGCUGCAGCGCCAGCACCGCGAGCGAGCACCUACGUGACCCCCAAGGCCUCCGACGCGGCGUCCCCGCCACCGGCCCCGGCCCCGGCCCCGGAGGCCCCCGCCCGCUCCGCGGCUUUGCCAGACCCGCCCCGGAGCCGGUGGACCAGCCCGAGCCCAAGCGCCGGCUUCUUUCUGCCGUGGUUAAAGUGGAUGGCCCUGGAACUAAUGGGGAUGAUGCGGCGGCGGAGGGGCGUGAGGAUGGACCAAAUGCUGCUCAAGGUGGUGAGAGGAGGGAAGCCAGUAAUGGUGGGUUCAGGAGGGAUGGGAGCCAGUGGGUAUCCAGGAGGGAGCUUGAUAAUCAGCUGCCAGAGCCUCUCCCGAGGCCGGCUCCCAAGGAAGAGGAUCAGAGCUUGGUGAGGAGGAACAAGAGAAUGCUGGGGAAGCUUCUUGUUGGCACGCUAGAGGAACUUUUGUAUUGCACCCCCAGUUUUCAACUUUGCCACCAAGUUCGUUGCACCUACUCUCAGAUACACAAAAAUCACGAGUGACCUUACUGAAUAAAGAAAAGAAAUAUGCUGAAUAAACUUCUAGAUCACUUGUGGGUGAGGUUUCAGGGCAGUCAUUGAGGAUUUGAUGUCUUACCUAUAGGUGUAGUAAAGUUUUUUAGAGGCCCGAUGUGAAGCUAUGUUACCUGAUUUCUGCAAACACAGUGUUAAUGUCAUGUCACUAUUGGCCAGCUAGGUGCUUUUCUAGUUCAACAUAACAUUUUUGGCUUGAGUUCUCUUUUCAUUAUUUGUAUAAUUGAAAAUUGGAAAUUCUGCCCUCUGCCAUUUUGGACCCUGGUGAUUCACUGGGAAUUUUCCAUGCCCCUUGGAAUCUAACACGUCCUUCUCCACAUCUUAAACUAACAAGCAUGGGUUAUGAGUUUAGCUAUGAAGUUCUUUUUGUUUGUCGUGUGUUGUAAAAUUCCUGGUUGU